CAUACAGCUUUUUUUUGCCAACGCUAGUUUGACUGUGCAAUUAAGGUUUUUUGAUUUAAUAAAAUAAACGAUGAAGAUCCCAACCAGUGAAAAAAAAAAUGAAUCAGCCGAUCGCCUUGGGGUGCAAAUGAAAGCACAACUAAAGAACAACUUUCAAGACAAGAAAAUGUUGAACGCGUACACAGAUGCUCUGAUAGCCGCCUCUUCACACGUGACUGCUUCAGUCAUCUUCGAAAAGCUAGAUCGCAUUUGCAGUCAAAACCGGACGACUAAUAAAGCCAUCGUGAGAUGGAACACGGUGGAAAUGUCACGAUGUGGGAACGUCGCUGACGCGGAAAUUUUCCUGGCCCUCAAAUACCUGGUAAUGCCCGAGAAGCUCGAACCGUUCAAUUACAAGCGCAAUGGCUCACACGGAUCCUUUUCAUUGGACAACCUUUUGAUUGCCAAUCGAGUGAAGCGGCUGCAGACAAAAUUGAACGUGAUUUUUAGCUGCCAGAGAAUUCAGAUACGUGUGAUUGAGGGCAUACCCGAGCACACUCUGAAUGCUGUAAUUACUUCAGAAUUCGAGGCGGCUGCCAAAGAUGCUUUGCAUUCCUCCUACGACGACGCCACUCGCACUCUCAACCUCUCGCGUUUUCACGCCAAGCCGGAACUGAGCGCUCACUUUUGCCCCUUGUACGUGGACAAGUUUUUGGUGGGCGUUCUGCUCUUAAUAUCCAAAGAAACGCCCCAGGUGUCUAAGAUCGUUCUCAGCGACAACUACUUGUGCUCGCUGAAGGCAUUUAGUGUGAUUCCUAAUGGAUUGUUAGCCGACUUGGAUUGCCUGGAUAUAAGCAGCAACAAAAUUGGCGAUCUACGCGAUCUACAGUAUCUGACCAAUCUGAAAUUGAAGAGUUUAAUCUUACAGGGCAAUGAGGUGGCUAAUCUGAAAAAUGAUAUUCUAGCCAUUCUUCCCCAACUCCAGAACCUACAGGGAUGUCGCCAAUCGCAGAACAAGGAGAACGUUUCUAUGGGUCGGCCAAAAUUGAAGCUGUUCGAGAGUGCAGUACCCGAAAACUUCGUCAAUACCUUUAUCAAGGAUUUCUACCAGUUCUUCGAUCAUCCCGACCAACGCUCCCAGCUGGAGCAACGCUACCACGAGUUGGCCACGUUCUCUUUGAGUGUGCCGGACACGAUGAAGCACGUCUUAGCCUACAGGCUCUACAAUCGCAAUUGCAAGACCCGACAAUCUACAUUUGCCCGCUCGGCAAAGCUGCAGGUUGGUCCUAAGGCUGUGCUCCAUGCUCUGGGUCGCUUGCCCAAGAUGGAAACAUAUCUCCAAGGUGUCAACGUAGUUGGACAGAUGUCCACUGCUCAUGUGCGCAUUUUCAACAUAACUGGCCGCUUUAUGGAAUACAGCUCCACUGGCCGUGAUCUGCGUAACUUCCAGCGCAGCUUUGUAUUGGAGCUGCAAGAAUCACCAUCCGUCUGGGUAAUAAAAAACGAUAUGCUCUGCAUCAUUCCACUCAUUGAAGGAAAGUCUGUUGAGCCGAACAUUAAGGCUUUGAGUGAGUCCCAGGUGGAUUCUGGCCUGGAAAUAGCUGCGCAGAUGGAGCAAAUGAACAUCAAUAUGGCAACGCCACCCCUAAUAUCAACUAUUCCCAAAAGCUUGCGCGAAGAAUCUAUACUCAAGGAAAUAAAGGCAGUGUCUCCAAUGCUUCUGAUCCCGCCUCCAGAACUAAAUGAAUUCGAGAAUAUGCCUCGUUUGAUAGUGCAAGGUGCACAUUCACAUUCGAAUGAUCAGCUACUAGAUAAAAAUGAUGUUUCUGAGUUGGAAAAAGAGAUCGAUGAUACCUUAUUGACCGUUGAUUUCGAUGAGCUCAUCAUCAAUGACGAAGUGCUCUUCGCCGAGUGUGAUCUAUAACAUAGUUCAGAAUCAAAAUUAAUUA